CUUGGAUGUAUAUAAUUUUGAAUGUAAACUCUGCCAUGUUGGCAACCAAAAGUGACGCAAAGUAACGAUGUAUUUUAGAACAUAAAAGAUUAAAACGUUUUAAUUCAAUUGAGUGUUAAACAAUCUAAAUAAAACACUGCAACUUAAACUACUUCGCAACUUGUGAGGAUAAACUAACCUGGUACAAUAAGCUUUUUGGCCUUGAAUAAAACAAGCAAAGCAAUGGAUCGCGAUUUAGAGCAAUUAUAUGCAGCUUUAAAUGCAAUUAAAGUGCUUAGAUCAAACGUUGGUUCGGUUUUUGAAACAGUAAGUAAUGGUUUAAGAGCAGAUCAUGGUGAAGAAGGAAAAGAUAUUAAAUUUAUUUCGGAACUCCAAGUUUUAUUGACAACUGUCAACAAUAAUCUUAGAGAUGUAGAAAAUGCAGUUUCAAACUUAACGCCACCUCCGGGUCCAUUUAAUUUGGGGAAUACAACUCAUUUAAGUCAAGAGACUACUCAAGAACGACAAGCUUUGUAUGGACAAUUAGUUAAUAGUUAUAAAUGGACUGAUAAGAUACGCGAAUAUAGUUCUGUUGCUGGUAAUAUUUUACCGGGGUAUGCGAUACAAAAAACUUACAAGACUUUUAGUACAACGAAAAGGAGAAAACCUCAAACGAGUACUCACAACGUCCAACCUGAAGUUAUCGAAAAUCAUAUUUUAGCUAUUGAUAGAUUAUUUACUGAUAUGAAUAUAACAUUUUCAAGGCCUUUUGCGAUAAAUCCCAUGAUUCAAGUGACUUUGGGGCGAGUUUUAAAAGCAAUAAUAGCUUUUAAAGGCCUUAUGAUUGAAUGGAUUAUGGUUAAAGCUCAAACAGAAUCAAACGAUAUUUGGACUGAAUCUAGAUACAUAGUUUUUAGGAAAGUUACUGAGAAUAGUCACGCCGCUAUGUGCCAUUUUUAUGCACCAAAUAUGCCGGAGUUAGCUAUUAAAUCAUACAUGCAUUGGCUUCAUAGUUACAUAACCUUAUUUAGCCAUCCUUGCAAAAAAUGUGGCAAUCAUUUGUAUGGGUGCUUACCACCAACUUGGAGGGAUUUAAGGACUUUGGAACCAUGCCAUGAUGAAUGCAAAUAAAAAAGAAAUUUGUAGAAAUAAUUUAUAUGUUUAUCUCCGAAGUAUUUGAUAUCUUAUUAAAAUAUAAAUCUAAUAAAAUU